GAGGAAAUUCAAGCGCUUUGCAUAUCCAAGCUCACCUCACCGCACCGCUGCCCUUGCAGCACGCCCAGCCGCCCCCGGAUCGGGAGGCUAUAAAAUGGGGAGGCGCGCCGGUCGGAGCAGCGCUCUCCUUCGACGGGCAGCACCAACCGGGCGUCUGUCCUCUCUUCGCGUGAAAGACCGCCCGGCUUCGAAGACAGCCUGCUCCGCGACCGCGGACAGAUGGCCACUUGCAGCUCUCAGAGCCUCGGAGGCGCCCUGCUCUUCCUGGGAUGGCACCUAGUUCAAACCACUCUUAGUACAACAGUGAUCCCAUUAUGUGGAGUAAAUAAGACUGAAAACUGUAUAACUACUGUUGAAACUGUUCUACCUACAACUCAGAUGGGAAGACAAACAGAAUGCAAGCCUGAAUGGCAAAGCUUCUGUUUCAAUGGAGAAUGCAAAUACUCAGAGACUUUGGAACGAUAUUACUGCAGGUGUAAGGAGGGCUUUAUUGGUGAACGAUGUAGCCAUUCAAAUCUGGAUCUUGUCAUACGACCCUUGAGCAAUGAAUACUUGGCAUUUACUAUUCUUGUGUGUCUAUUUUUCUUCAUUGCAAUUUUAUUAUCAAUAUACUUCUACAGAAGGUAUCUAAACAAGAAGCAGAGACUUGCUACAGGCAAAAACUAUGAAGAGGUUGCUACAGAUACUGAAAAAGACCACAAACUUCUUCAUGUGUGAAAUGAGGAUUCAUAAAGAAGCCAUUUAUUUAAUAAUAUUAACACAUAUUUUAUUAAUAUUUAUAUUUUAAGUGAAAGAAUUUCAAAAUCUUGAUCAGAAAAUAUAUGUACAGGUCAAAAGCACUAUUUUUUAUAAAUGUUAUUUGUAUUUUAUUUUUUAUUCAAUGUUAUAUCUGUGGAAUGUUUUCAUAAUGUAAUGCAGUGAUGUUUUGCAUUCACAUCUGUGAAUUGUUACAUGUGAAUGCAUGUAAAAUUUAUCUUCUACAUGCUUGUAUUUACUGAACUUCAAAAUACAAAAUGUUGCUGUUUUCUUCACUGGAAGAAAGGUUUUAGCUGCAAAAGAUUAGAAGAGGUCUUUGUUAUAAAGAUGAAAUCUUCCUAAUCGUUCUAAUUAGCUGAUUUCCUUAGAAAUAACAACAGAAAGUAUAAUAUUAUAAACUUGUGCACUUAUUUAUUUGUUUAUUAAAACAUUGUUUGCUCACCA